GUUGGAUAGAUGGAGGGACAAUGCAACUGGCACCUCCCAAGUUGAGCAUUAUCUUUUCUGUGACGCUGGUUGACUUCCAUCUAGUCAUCCAUUCUCUAUAGUGCUUGUUCUCAAUAAGGUCGCGGGUGAGCCAGAACCUAUCCCAGCUGACUUUGGGCGAGAAGCCAGGUACAUCCUGGACUGGUCGGCAGUCAAUCGAAGGGUACAUAUAGACUAAGAACCAGUCACACUGACAUUUACACACAUUACAUUGUGUAUAAUUUUACAGUGGCUUACAAUGAUGUUAAUUGUACUUCUUAGGAAUAAAACCCGUGUGUUUUUCAUGAACAUUUAGGCCUACUAUAGUGAGGAUAAGCGGUAAAGAAAAUGGACGGAUGAAUGUUCCUGUAUUUUAAUGUUAGUUAUUAUAGUAGUACUUGAAGUGCGAAAGUAUUUUUCUCCUUGGUGUAAAAUGUUUGAGAACGACUGCUUCAGAUGUUCCCUGAGCUGAAGUCUCACAAAAUUUGCGACAUCUCAAUGCUUUGUAUGACUAUUUGGGCGUUUUAGCAUUCUAGGGUCAUAUUGUGCUAUUCUAGAGCCAUGUUGGUCGUUUUGAUUUGGUCUUUGGGUUAGAGUGGCUCGUCGUCAGCAUGCCAAGACAAUUACAGCGGGAAGGCUUCAGGCGCCACAUUAGUGUUGGUAAUAUUGCUCAGCAUCAGUAAGUAAUAAAUUCAGCAAAAGCACCAGUAAUGUUCUUUUCUUUUAUUAUUCAUCACUCCUUUCAAUCGCAUCAGCCUUCUGAUACCCACGCUUCCUUCAGGCCUGUGGUGAUACACCCAGGUUUAGCAUUACCUCGCAUUAAUUAUACAUGCGGUAUUGAACAGGUUUUCUCUGAGGCCGCCUAAAUAUGGAACCCGGAGAACUCCUCCAGGGUCCUGGAGGACAUUCGUCAUCUAUCAGUCGCCAUUGCAUCAUGUGUCUCACCAUGCUCAUCCUCAUACUUCACCUCAUCAUAUCCUAUUGGGUCUGAAUUAUCGACUACACUCAUCUUCACCGCGAUGUUUCCAAAGAACAUCAUCAAAUUGUAUGAUUUCUACCUCAGCAAUCACUGAGGUCAUGUUCUUAGUCAGAUUUCUGGGAGUUUGGAAGCUUUGAUGGCAGCAUGCUGAAUUGAUAAAGCCGAUAUUUUUGUGUCUGUAAAAGGUCUGAGAGUAGUUGAGGAGACUUGCAACAGGUCGGUGGGCAAAGGCUUUGCUGUUUCAGUCUGGUCUUUUUUUAACUCCAAUGUCUUUAUUUUUCCAGCUGCACUGAUAUCAGUCAUUUUUACUGCAUUACUGAACAGGCAUUUCCUUUUUUCCUUGUUUGUCUGGAUGUUGUUAGAUCUGAUUACUUGUAUUUUAUUUUAUUUUUUUAAUUGUUUACUGAAACAACAUCCAACCAUCCAUUUUCUAUUGCACUCAUCCGAAAUUCGGCUCACGGGUAUGCUGGAGCCCAUCCCUGCUGACUUUAGGCGAAAGGCGGGAAACACCCUGGACUGGUCGCCACCCAAUCUCAAUAUCACAUAUAGACAAAAAACCAUUCCCACUCAUGGAGAAUGAGGAGUCUGGCAUGUUUUGGGAAUGUGAGUGGUAGCCGGGUUCCCCCCCCCAAAAAAAACACGCAAUUACAGAGAACUUGCAAAGUCUACACAUGAGGGCCUGAGCUAAGAUUCCAACCCAGAACCUGAGAACCGUGAGACAGACGUGCUAACAACUAUUUUUUUACCUGAAGAAUGACCAGUAGUUUAAUCACACACAUUGGAAUAGUCAAAAUGACAGUAUACAAAGGGAAAUUACAUAGUCAAUGGUCCCUUUAUUAGAUACACAAUAGAAUAACAUACAAGAGCAUUUUCUUUCUUGUUAUCUAUAAUGUUCCUAGUUAUCUAUAAUGUUCCAAGCUUAGUGACGGAAAAAAAAGGAGAAAUUCUCACUUUAACUAGUAAAAUAUACAAAAACAAGGAUAAUUUAUUCUAUUUUGGGGCUCAAACUCAAAAUUAAUAAAAUAUACAUGUGAUUAUACAAUAAUAUCAUCUGGAUAUUUCUAGGUCCUGUUCUGAAUUAGUUCACCCUCAUAAUCUUAACUAGUGGAAUAAUUUGUCUCUGUUCCAUUUAAAACAUGUUUUACAUGUCUGUGUAAUGUUACAGUUGUCCACUAGAGGGAGGCAAAUAGCCAUUUUUCUCUAUCCAUCAGUUGAGCUUUGAACAAGUGUAACAGAACCCGAGGGAGUGAACGUUCCAUGUUCCCUUUUUAUUACACCAUGAACGUGUCAGGACUCCACUGAGUACUCGUGCUGUCGAAUCUUUGCGAGCAUCCCGCAGGAGACAGUGAAACAAUUGGGAAAGUGGGUCACGCAGCUGCCUGGGAAAAUGUGAUUUAUUUAGCUCACAUGAUUGACUUUUGACCAAAAGGCAGUGAAUUUGGUCUGUUUUUGUUCAUUCAGGUAUUAGCAUCACUUUAAUUCUUUAAUAGUUUUUUUUUUCUUUUUAGGAAAACCAAGAAAUGAGAGUAGUGCUCUCCACAAAAGCCUGCCCAGCGUGAGAGGAAAUGAACACUAUUAUUGCGGAAUAGUGUGAGAUAUUGCGCAGCACUGUGAGAUAAGCAAUUAGCCAUUUGGCUUUGAGUCAUGAGUGUGGAUGACACAGUGUUGUCACAUGACACAUUAACCUUUUCUGUCAUUGUGCGUAAUUGUAAUGGCAAUGUUCGAAUCCACUUGACUUUAGAGGAGACAUAUUAAUAAGACGUCUGUGAGAUGCUUCCAUCAAUAAAAAACAAACGAAAAAACAAGGAUCAAGUAUUACAGUGUAUUUGACACACACUACUUAUGGUCUUGGUGAAAUUAGCUUGUUUUGCAGGGCUGGCCUUGUCUCAUGCAAGUGAGUGACUGUAUACCCCAGCUCCAUAUCCUGCUGGACACCAAACCGCCACCGAGUCGACAACAUCACUAAGCAGUCAAAUAUGGUCUGCUCAUCCGAAGCAAGCAUUGUUAGCGAGCGCUAAUCUGUGCAUCAAACAAUACCCAAUGCAGCUCUGCUUACCCUUUGGCUUUGACAUGAUUAGGUCGUCGCACCUGGAGGGGUGCGGGUGUUUCUGCAUGAUAGUGUUUCAGACUGCAGUUGCUUUAAAGCGGCUCCGGAUCUUCGCCCAGCCUAACUUUCACGUCAUGUGCAGAGAAGCUAAAUGUGGUGGCGUUUGUUGAGUAAAUUAGCCCCAAUGUUACAUAACAGUGGCCCUGAAAUUCAAAACAGCUUGCUCAGACACACAUUUUCAAAACUGAGUAGAUAACAGAAGAUGUAUUUGUUUAAUUUCACAUUUGAUGGCUGGCAGGCGCUCCUGAGAACCUUCUAUUUGUAUACAAACGAUUUAAAAAUUACUUUACCAAUAUGUCACCUUCAGUGAUCCCGGUAACGCGUUACAAAGUAACAAAGUAACGCGUUACUCCAAAAUACAGCUAUGAGUAACGAACAAAGUAAUGUGGUACUUUUCCCGGGAAAGUAGGUAGACUACAGUCACUUCGUCAAACCAACAAUAGUUACCCCCAACCACCCUCCCCCCGUCAAUCACCCACAGCUUUGCUAGUUAAGCAGCUGGUUAAACUUGUCACUGGGAGUGAAAAGGUUUUCUCGCUCUUCGCAUCAAAAUGAAUGUGGUGUGAGCAAUGGUGUGUGUGUGUGUGUGUGUGUGUGUCACUCACUUUCACGUUUCCGUACACGCACGCACAAACGCACGCACACACACACAGUUGCCUUCAUGGACAAUGACCGUCAUCUAUCGAUCUAUCUAUCUAUCUGUCUAUCUGUCUGUCUGUCUGUCUGUCUGUUAGUUAAGAGUCUUUAGAGACGUGUACUGAGAAUGGUGUGCAUUUAGGUACUUACUGUACUGUGUUGGCAUGUCAAGUCUGCACUAAGUUGUUGAUUUAAUGUGGCUUCAACCACACUAAUAUUUAAGUUAUUGGUUCACGUUGAUGACCUCAUUCUGUAACUUGUGUGCCGUACCUUACCAAGUAAUGGUUACGGUUAAGCUAAUGUUUUUUUUGUACUCUGGAUAAGUGAUAUUCCUGCCACUUGGCAGCUGCUGAAAGUAACUAAAAAGGGACUUUUUUCGAACUUAGUUACUUUUGAAAUCAAGUAAUCAGUAAAGUAAGUUACUUUUUCAAGGUAACUGUGGCAACACUGGUCACCAGUAACAGGCAUUCCCACCGCCACACCAACCAUAAGUAUGGUUAAAUUUCAAAAAAAUGCAAUCCAAUGGAGAAGGGAGGGUGCAGAAAGAAAAAGGCCAGUCAAUUCACAUGGCAGAGGCAGCGAGCUAAAAAGAGACACCGCCGGGAAGAAGUGUGACAGAAAGAGAGUGACGAGCGCGCUGACAGGAUGCGGACACAGAUCGGAGCGCAACGACGAUGAGCAUAUAGCAGCAGAGAGACGCGACCGUGGAAGGAAAGUUAGAAGACGAGGGCAGGAUGAGCGUCCGGUGGGAGACGGAGGGCCUGCAGACGGUGGGCAUCGUGUGUUUGGUCAUCAUGUUCCUCAAACUGAUGCACCUGCUGGGCCUCAUCGAUAUCACUGAGACCGAGAGCAGUGACAGUGAUCUGGAGCUGUCAACGGUGCGUCACCAGCCGGAGGGUCUGGACCAGCUUCAGACUCAGACCAAGUUCACCAGGAAGGAGCUUCAGUCCCUCUACAGGGGCUUCAAAAAUGAGUGUCCCAGCGGGUUGGUUGAUGAGGAGACAUUCAAGUCCAUCUAUUCUCAGUUCUUUCCCCAAGGAGACGCGACCACGUACGCUCACUUCCUCUUCAACGCCUUUGACAUCGACAGGAAUGGCUCGAUCCGCUUUGAAGACUUUGUCAUCGGCCUGUCCGUGCUCCUCAGGGGCUCCGUCACAGAGAAGCUCAACUGGGCAUUCAACCUCUAUGACAUCAACAAAGAUGGCUACAUCACCAAAGAGGAGAUGCUAGCAAUAAUGAAGUCCAUUUACGACAUGAUGGGCAGGUAUACGUACCCAUGUGUGCGAGACGAGGCUCCGUCUGAGCACGUGGACAAGUUCUUCCAGAAAAUGGACAGAAACAGAGAUGGUGUUGUAACCAUUGAAGAGUUCAUUGAGACCUGCCAGAAGGAUGAGAACAUCAUGAACUCCAUGCAGCUGUUUGAGAACGUUAUCUAAUGUAUCAUCAGGAUGCUCUGAGAUCAUUUUUUUUUCAUACAGCACACCCUCACAAACACAGCACACCCAUCACGCACACUCCAAACACCAAAUAGAGGAAGGACAUCUUGGCACUUAAUGUAAGUAGUGUAAAGAUACAGAGAGGAUUUUUCUAUUUCUCACCAUGCUUCUUUUAGCUGUAUUAUCUCGCAGCUACUUAAAAGGACCACCGUGGACACGAGAUGAGCUUCCUGCAGGGAGCGCACACCUUUUUUGUGUCCUUAAAAAAGCCACAAAAUGACUUUUGUUACCAAAUUGAAAGAAGAGAUCAUCGCCAAAUGAAAGACAAGACUAAGGCCUAACAGUUCCUUUUCAUUCAGACACAUGCACUGCACAAAGUCAGCCCUGCUGCGCUCAUGGACUAGUGUGAGGAAAUGGAAACUAAAAAGGGGAAACAAAGUAUGUUUGUGAUGUGAAAUUAGCUUGCACUAUGAUUUCAUGCUUAGGCGCCUUGGAAAUCAAGGCAUCGUCAACAUGCUCUAGGGGACCUUUCUAUAAAUAGUGUAAGAAAAGCUGUCACCUUUGGAAACAAAUAUGAUCCGGACAACGCUAUGUUUACUUGAAAAAUAUUUAGUUACAUCAUCCCACGGAAUCAAAGCAGAUUGCUGUUGUGUUCUUUUGUAUUUUAUGGAGACUACUUUGAAAAUGGUAAGCUGCGGAGAGUUUAUCUGUGCGGUACUGUAGAGAAUGAGGUCUGUAAAUCUGGGGUUUAUACGCUGCAUGAAGGCUAUGUUGGUUCUUCAGUAUCUACUCGCAUGAUGACUUCAAGUACAGUCAGACCUUUGUGACGUGGGUUAAUAAAGAUGCAGUCGACUGCUGUGA